AUGUCAGAGAACCGCACUCUUCCAACUUUCAGUCCUGCAGGAGGGCCCCCCCACGAGGGGGCCCCUGAUGCCUCCGCUCAGGAAAGCCGAGAACCGUCAGCUGCAGCUGCCCCGGCAAUGCUCCAAUUUAAAAACUUGCCUGAAGCGCCAUCUGUUGCUGCUACUGUUGCAGCAACAGCUCCUCUAAUCACUUCAACGGCUGUACCUGCAUCAGGUGCACCAGCAGCAGCAGCUCUACCUGCACCAGCAGCAGCAGCUCUACCUGCAGCAGCAGCUCUACCUGCAGCACCAGCAGCUCUACCUGCACCAGCAGCAGCUCUACCUGCAUCAGCUGCACCAGCAGCUCUACCUGCAUCAGCUGCACCAGCAUCUCUACCAGCGCCAGCAGCUCUACCUGCAUCAGCAGCUCUACCUGCAGCAGCAGCUCUACCUGCACCAGCAGCAGCUCUACCACCAGCAGCAGCUCUACCUGCAUCAGCAGCUCUACCACAGCCCUCAGCAGCAGCGGGGCCCCCCCUUAGCGGUAUCCAGCAGCAUUCCCCGACGGCAGCUCCUGCGUCUGCCCCUUCCGCCUCAGCACCGAUGUGUGCCGCUGCUUCCCCAGCAGCUCCGGUAGAAGCAGCGUCAGCAACAGCUCUCGGCUCGGCGGCAACAGAAUCCGCGGAGUUGACGCGGCGCUUCGCCCUCUUCGGAGCGGCUGUAGCCUCGGCGCAGCGGGGCCUGCAGGGCCUCUUCUCUCCGGAGGGGGCCCCCCAGCCCAUGGCUCCGCUAGCGAUGGCGCAUGCGUCUUACCUGUUGCAGCGCACGCGCUUGGGGAAUCUCUUGGGGCCCCCUCUGGCCUCUUUCGACGAUCCGACGCGCCUGCCUCCCCUCUUUCCCCACCUUUCCCAAGUGCAAAUGCCUGUGCUCUUCGCUGCAGGAAGACUAGCCACGCCUUCUCCCACCGCUAAUGCAGGGGGGACAGCAGACGGCGUUUCAGGACCUAAAGAAGAAGCACCCAAGGAAUGCAAGAUCGAGCGAACCCCAGGGGAGCCUCUCGAAAGCUUGGCUGCGUGGUAUCGACGGCGGUAUGGCGCAGGGGGGGGCUUGGCUCUUCCCGUGGCAAGUGGUGGCAAGAAGAGGGACUAUGGGAGUGUCUUUCGCGCGUUGAAACGCUUCGAGAUUCUUUGUGCUGAACGCCGACAGCGCAGCCGCGAGGCGAUUGCCGAAGACAGACGCUACGUUCUGUCCGACGUCUUGCGUUCCUUCUCCCCCUUCCAGGUCGUUCUCGUGGCUCCGAAGUCGACGAAAGGGGCCUCUUCGCCGAGGAGGAGGGGCCCCUCCUCCUCAGGAGGCCCCACCGCGGGAGGAGCUCCUCCUAGGGAUGCCCAGGGGGCCCCUCCUGUGAAGGAGUCAGAGGGCAGCGGAACGGCAGCUGGAACGGAGGCGUCUUCUGCAGAGGACGCGGCAAGAGGACUGUUGCGUGCAGCUCCUACAGCAGGUCUGCUUGGAGGGGCAAAGACGGAGAGUGCAGAAGCCACUGCAGUCGAAGCGGAAGGAAGAGCAGCUCCCGACGCAGCCCCCCUCGUAGCGGUGCCUCCGCCUGCUGCUGCUGCUGCGGGGGAAGCAGAAUCGACGAACGCCUCGGAGACAGGGGUGGCACAGGAAGAAGAGCUCGCCCAGUCGCGCCAACAGCCUGCUGCCGAUACAGCUGCAACGCCUUCCACGGGAAACACUUUUCGCCGCAAGCGGCAGCGAAGAGAACGCAUGGAGCCCUAUGUUGCUCUGGAGGAGGUGGUCAGAGCUUUAUUGCCUUAUCACUCCUUUUAUAUCCCCGAUCCUCAGGCCUUGUCGCCAGAGCCGGAGGGUAUGUCUUCUCUCGAGUUCAUAUUCCACCAACUUGCUGUCACCCCUUCCGCCGCACUGGCCCUACACAGGGCCUGUGCAGCCUCUGAGUCAGAGAGUUAA